UGUCUCUUCCCUCUGCAAACCGCUCUCUACGCUCCAUCUUUCGUAAGGCCACAGCGACAUCCGAAGACCCCGAGAAACAGAAAGGAACAACCAUGUCUAGUCGGGAAUAUCAACGACUUCUCUUGGGAGAGCAACGUUUGGCUGAACAAUUUUCCCCGAAGAAAAAGUGAAACCCUGGAAAAAUGAGCGUGAUUGACAUUCUCUUCCGCGUCGACGAGAUAUGCAAGAAGUACGAAAAGUAUGAUAUUGAAAAGCAGCGCGAGCUCAACGCCUACGGAGACGAUGCCUUCGCUCGCCUCUACGCCUUCGUCGAAUCUGAAAUUAAAACGGCUCUUCAGAAAUCCGAGAUGGCUUCAACGGAGAACAACAGAGCGUCUGCAGCUGCGUUGAACGCCGAGGUUCGUCGUACCAAGGCUCGAUUGAUGGACGAAGUUCCAAAGCUGCGGAAAUUGGCUCUAAAGAAGGUUAAAGGGCUUUCAAAAGAAGAUCUAGCUGCACGUGAUGAUCUGGUUCUUGCACUGCCUGAGAGGAUUCAAGCAAUUUCUGAUGGAAUCACAACUGCAGCAAAGCGCACAGGAGGAUGGACAGCUUCAUCAUCCCAUAAGAAUAUCACGUUUGACUCGUCAGAUGGAAACUUUGACAAUGAUUUUUUUCAUCAAACUGAAGAUUCAAAUCAAUUUAGACAAGAAUAUGAAAUGCGGAAAAUGAAACAGGACCAAGGUCUUGAUAUCAUAUCAGAAGGAUUGGAUACGCUAAAAAAUUUGGCUCAAGAUAUGAAUGAGGUUGUUACUGGGCUUAAGUUGAGUUUAAUGAUGCUGCUAGAAGAACGGAGAUUAAUCAGUUUUUGUCCUGUUUUUUUUCCUAUAUAUGUUCAGGAAUUGGACAGGCAAGUUCCAUUAAUUGACGAGAUUGACACAAAGGCUGACAGGGUGACAUCUGAAAUAAGAAAUACUAAUGUUAGGCUCAAGAAAUCUCUGACCCAGUUGAGGUCCAGUCGAAACUUCUUAAUUGACAUUGUUCUGCUGUUCAUAAUACUUGGUAUCGCUUCCUACUUAUACAAUAUUUUGGGCUGAACUCAUUUCAAAGCUUCUUCUGCAGCUUAUCAGAUCAUAAAGCUGUCUGGUACUGCAUCUUUCAUUAUUUGAGGGCUUUCGGGUGACGAAAAAAAGAAAAAAAAGUAAAAAUAAGAGAGCCUUUGGUGAAUCUUUUGAAGAUCAUCCGCUGUUCCUUUCUUUAAUUUGUACUGCCUUUAAAGACUGAUGUAGAUUCCGCUUACUAAGGAUGACUAUUUAUUAAUUUUUAGCUCGCCAGAGUUUCAAGUGUAUAGAUAAUGCCUAUUUUUCAAGUUAUUGUUCCUUUUCUGCAUCUGCUGAAGACAUAUCUUUUAGUUAGGUCCCAGUAACGGUAUUGAGCAUAAUUUUCCUUCUAUCUUGA